AUGGCUGCGGUGGACACGGAUGACAACAUCAGCCGGGGCCGAGAAGACGUGCGGAAAGUAUUUAGUGCAAUGUUUCCAUCAAAGGUGACAAGCGAACGAUGGUCGGCAGCUGAAGGCAGCAUGAUGUCUAGACAGAAGGAGCUGCCCAAGCUCCCUUUGCCGCUUCUUCAAGAAUCGCUCGACAGAUUCGUGGAAUUCAUGGAACCUCUACUUACCCAUCAAGAACUCGAGGAAACUCGAAAGGUUGUUCGCGACUUUGCCAAGCCAAGCGGAGAUGGCCAAAAGUUGUAUCACUUACUCCAAACAAAAGCUUCAUUUUCAUAUAAUUUGCUUUCAGACUGGCUUGCCGAAGAAGCAUUCUUGAAGUUCAGGGACUCCGUUAUCUCAAAAAGUCCGGCGAUUGCCCUCCCAAAAGAGGACUUUCACACGUCAUCAAAGCAACUAGAGCACGCAGCCAGGCUCACCUCGGCAGCGCUGAACUUCAAAUAUCUAAUUGACAGAGACCUUUUGAAGCCUGAUGUCCGCGGCACAAGUCCUCUCGACAUGACGCAGUACAAGAACCUUUUUGGCUCUUGUCGCGUGCCAUCUGGUGUAUGUGACAAAGUUCAGUUCACCUCGACAGACGACGAGUCUUCAAGGAAUGUGCUGGUCAUCAGCAACAAUCAGUUCUUCGUGUUCAAUGCACACGACGAGCGCGGUAUUCCAUUCAACGAAGGGACGAUACUGACGCUGUUGCUUCGGGUUGCCGAGAUGUCAAGAGGGGACGGCACCGCUCUCGGGAUUCUAACAACCGAAGAAAGAGACGCCUGGGCUGAGGCCCAUGAGAGACUCUGCCAAAGUCCUAGGAACGUUGCGUCACUACAAGCCAUAAGGAAGUCUGCAAUGGCGGUGUGCCUUGACCGCAAGCUGCACAAAUCGGAACCUUACGAGGUGACCUCUGCCGAGCAACUUUGCACGGGCGGGCAAGACGGCGAAAAUGCAGCUAACCGCUGGUGUGACAAAACUGUUCAGCUCAUUCUAGGAAAAGAAGGCCUUACGGGAUUUCUUUUUGAGCACUCCUCGAUUGACGGUACUGUGAUGGCUGCGCUCGUUGACUACUGCAUGGCUUACAAAGCAGGCAGUGAACCAUUCGUCCCAUCCCAGGAGGCCGUGAAAGUGGAUAUAAUAAAACUGGAAUUUGAUAUUGGACCCGAAACUUUGAAAGACAUAGAGAUGGCAAAAUCUAACCAUGCAAGAUUCAGGGCAACAAGAGAAAAUCUCCUUUUCAAGUUCACAAAGUAUGGAAAGAACGAUGUGAAAUCCUGGAAAUUAAGCCCGGACAGCUAUGUGCAAAUGGCCUUACAACUCUCUUUCUACAAAGUUCACCGCGUGCCGCCAACGAUGACCGAAACCGUUUCGACGCGCAAGUUUCGCCAAGGACGAACGGAUGCAGUCUACUCAACUUCAAUGGACAGCCUUUCCUUCUGUAAGGUAUUUGAGAAUCCAGACGCAAGCAUGGAAGAAAAGAAUGGCAGGCUUAGGAAGGCUGUCGAAAACCACAAGAGGAAAGCUAACCUUGCAAACAACGGCCUUGGCAUCGGUAGACUCUUCUCUGUCCUAAGGACCACAGCAAUUGAGAAUGGAAUGCCACUUCACGAAUUCUUUACAGGUGCAGCAUACCGGACUAGCCGACACAUUACCCUCAUGACCAGUCAGGUGCGCACUGAAUGCGACUCUGCCACCUUCCUUGGCCCCUAUGUUUCGGACGGAUACGGCGUCCUCUAUAAUGUCCGGCCAGAGUCACUCACCUUCACUAUCUCGUGCUGCAAAUCCUGUCCCGUGACAUGUUCAGCCAAGUUCAAGGAGGCUCUCGAGAAAAGCCUGGUUGAGAUGGGAGACUGCGUAGCUUGGUCUCACCAAAAAGAGUGA